AUAGAAGUGACAGAAAGUCGCUUAAGUGUUCUCGGGUAAAAUGAAAUUGUUGCUCGUCUUUCUUGUUUCGCUUUUCGUAAUUGGUAUCUUCUGCGAAGAUAAGGCUUCUAGUUGGAAUGAAUACAAGAGGUUGCACAACAAAGAUUACAACGAGAAACUUGAUGCUGGAAAACAAGAAAAUGUACGUAAGGCAAUUUUCUUCCAAAGAGAUGCAAAAAUUAAAGUACACAAUAGCAGAAAAUUUUCCUUUCGACUUGGACACAACGAAUUCUCUGACAGGACGGACAAAGAAUUGGCUGUAUUGCUUGGUAUCAAAUCACCUCCUAGUCCUAAAUUGCAGAAGUCGAUGACCGUUUUCCCAAAACGCCAGACACGUCUACCUGAUAUCCUGAAUUACCGUCACAGCUACUGCUUGCCGCCAAUAAAAAGGCAAGGAUCGUGCGGAAGUUGCUGGGCUUUUACAGCUAUAACCCCACUCGAGUUUGACAGAUGUAGGAAAAAAAGAUCUUACUCUAUUCUGAGUGAGCAGCAAUUAGUCGACUGUGAUACUAAUAGCACUAAUUAUGGCUGCCAAGGUGGUUGGUAUGUGACAGCAUGGUCUUACAUACAAGCAGUUAAUGGAUCUGCAACAGGAUUUUGUUACCCCUAUGAGGGUACUAGAAACACAUGCAAAUUCUGUCCAGAAUGCAAGUCAAUGGUAGGAGCCAAAGUCUCUUCAUUUGGAUAUGUUCAAAGCAAGAAUGCCACUGCUAUGCAACUUGCCCUUCAGGAAUAUGGUCCACUUGCAACUGCAAUGGCCGUCGUUGGCAGUUUUUACUACUACACUGAUGGCGUGUACGAUGAUGAGGCUUGUGAUAAUUUACCUGUCAACCACGGUGUUGUCAUUGUCGGUUAUGGGAGGUUCAACGACACAAUCGAUCACUGGGUCGUUCGCAAUACGUGGGGAACCACUUGGGGAGAUCAAGGCUACAUUCUGAUACAGCGUGGUGUCAACAAAUGCAGCAUUGAAACAUAUCCAGCUUUUGUUGUUUCCCUUUAAUUAAUAUCCGUUUAUUGCAAUUUUUAUGUUUGGUAAAUAUUUUACAGGAUUUAGAUAUGUUAUGUGUUAUGUUAUAACUUCUAAUAUAAUUGGCGUUG